AUAAAUGUUUACACGUAGUUUAUAAUAGUUGAAACACAUUUAUCUCUAAAUUUUAAACGGUUUUAUUUAACAUUACACAACUUUUCUUAACCUAACAUCAUGUAUAUAACACGUUAUAUAUUACUACGCAUCACUGUGCAUGCGUGAGCAGAGAAAGAAAGAUACUCGGCACUUGCUUUCUGUCUCUUUCUACCUGAUCUUCAGUCCUCACAAGAGUACACGCGCAGUCUAUUCUUACCAUGUCUAUGGGUACACCUUUCUACCUAAAGCCAUAUACCGUACCGAACUGAACUGUAACAAAACGGCCGCAAAAAGGCGAUAUAACGAUAUUCAUUUAUAUUCAUUCAUUGUUAAAAGUGAUUAUGAAAAAAUAGCGAGUGCAACUGAAAGGCGGGCGGUUCUAUUCUUCUCACUUAUCAAAAUUGUAUCAGCAACUAGUGAACAUGGAUGUGACAUUAUUGAUAUUUGCCACUUCGGUCAUCGUUGCCCUGAUUGUUAUAUGCACUGUCCUUCUGCGACACAGAACCGGUGCUCGAAGGAAGCAAACUGAUAUUCAAGAUACUGCGGCGCUGGGUCAACCGGUAAGAAGAGCAGCCGGUGUUAGAAAUGCUAGGCAUCGUAUGCAAGGAAACAUUAAUCGUCAACAACAUGAUGAGGACAAUCGAAUAGUUGACGAAGAUAAUGACAAUACAGAUGACAAAACAGAAUUACCGGAUUAUAAGAUAGGGGCGAAGAAGCGAGCCAAGUUGGCAGCCAAAGCGGAGAAGAAAUUGCAGAGAGAAGCGGCAGAACGAGACAGGGAGGAACGUAAGAAGCGAGAACAGCUUGUUCGAGAGGAGAAGGAUAAACAGGCUGAGAAAGAACUUGCGGAGAGAUUACGAAUGGAGGAGGAAGAAAGAAAAGCCAGAGAGGAGAAGGAGAAAAGAGAGUACGAAGAAUAUUUGAGAAUAAAAGAAGCAUUCAGCGUAGAAGAGGAAGGUUAUCAUGAGGAAAACAAGGAAGACAAGGAGAACUUGUUGCAAAAAUUUAUCCAAUAUAUAAAACAGAAUAAGGUAUUGAUCUUGGAGGAUUUAGCUGCACAUUUUGGCCUCAAGACAUCUAAUGUAAUAGAGAGAAUUCAAGAAUUGCGAGCUUGUGAUAGGUUAACUGGAGUAAUUGAUGACAGAGGAAAAUUUAUUUAUAUUUCAGAGAAUGAACUCCAGACGGUUGUUAAAUUUGUGCAACAGCGUGGUAGGGUCAGUAUUGCUGAAUUAGUUGAGAAUUCGAAUAAUUUAAUUAGUUUAGCGCCUGUAAAAAGUUGAGGCAUUUCUGCUAGCUAAGUAAUCAGAUUGAUAAUAAUUAUAAAGUUUCUACAUGUAUACAUAUCGAUUACAAUGCUGUUGAAUGAUGUGAAUAUAAUUAAAAUUUGCUACG